AGAUUCGGCUCGGCUAGUUUGUUGAAAAUAAUCUUGUAAGCUUUUCCUUCGCGCGUUUCUUUCCUAUCCAGAGUGUUCGGGUUCGAGUCUUCUUUUGGAUUUUUUUUUUCAUCUCGCAUCCGCUGCUGCUCGGUUCGUUCUCCUAUUGUACGCAGUGGACUAUUACCAUAAAAAUUGAUCACGGACGCUGCGGUAUUCGGUGGCUAGAGGAGAAAGUGAUUUUUCUACUUGUGAGAGCGUUGAAAGUGCUGCAAAAUUUCCAUCCGAAUUAUUCAAUAAAAUAAUUAUCUUGACGUACCUGGGUGCGCAUAAUGAAAGAAUGAAUAUUAAAUCCGAGAAUAAUAUACGAGUGCAUGACUAGUGGCGGUGUUCUAAUUCAAAUCUGAAGGAAGUGAGUGCGAAGAAGAAAAAAGUACAGGGUGAAUAUCAAUCAGAGUGCUGGCUGGCUGCUGCUGCUGCUGAAUAAAGGAAUGUUGGGCGAUGUGGAUUAUGCUUGGAAUAACUUGAAGCGGAGCGCACAAAAGAUGUGAUGUAUUUACGAUACUUUAUCAAAAUGAGCAUAAUUCGAUGUCCAGCAAAACCAUCAUCGAACGCUGCCGUAAAAACAAUAGCAACAACAAGCAAAUUCACACCCAUCGCCGUCGCCAUCACCCACAACAGCGAACACAGAGGCAACAACGCAACGGAACAGGGACAAUAACCGCCGAAUCGGGCAAAACAACAAAAGCCAGGCUCAACGCGGUGCGGUGGUCAUCAUAAAAUGCUGCUAUGAAGCAUUCAGCGUUCCGGAUUAUACUGACCCUCGUUUCGUUAGAGCAUGUCGCCAUCGUCGUCGUCCUUGGAUCAAUACAAGCUGGCAAAAACGGACUUAAUGAGAAUGCAUUCAAACCAGUGGCGCGGAACUUUUGGCAAGACAUUUCUUCGCCGUACACGGACAUGCCGGAUGACGACUUCGGAGGGGAGGAGGAAUCACAGGAAGAGAGCACGACGCACGACCCGUAUCCGUUUUUCGACGAUAUCAAUAUGACCGCCAACGUCACAACUCAGCUAGGCAACGACGUGUAUCUGCAUUGUCGCGUUAACGAUUUAAGAGAGCGAACGGUAUCCUGGGUACGACGAAAAGGUGACGAAAUUCAUCUGAUUACCGUGGGACGCCACACAUAUAGCAGCGAUUCCCGGUACUCGCUUCAGUAUCAGGCGCCCAAUGAUUGGCAACUUUUGAUCCAGUACGCAAACGAACGAGACGAGGGGCAUUAUGAGUGCCAGAUUUCCUCACAUCCACCUUUGGUUUAUCUGGUUUAUCUGAUCGUCGUCGUGCCGAAAGUCGAGAUCGUUGACGAGCGCGGUGUUGCAACGGUAGAUAAAUUUUACAAAGCCGGCAGCACCAUCGAGCUGAAAUGUAUCGUCAGCAAGGUUCCCCAGCCGACGAGCUACGUGACGUGGAAACACGGCCUCCGAAUGCUGAAUUAUGACACCAGCCGAGGUGGCAUCAGCGUCAAAACGGAUCUGCUGACGGGUGGAGCGAUGAGUCGGCUGUACAUUGCCAACGCUAACCGGUACGAUACCGGAAACUACACCUGCGCCCUCGCCGACAUCGCACAGGCCACGGUGGCGGUCCACGUGCUGAAUGGUGAGAACCCGGCCGCAAUGCAGCACGGCGGCGGAUGUGGAAACUGGCGCCCUCUGACCAGCGGUGGGACAAUGCUGCUGGCCCUGCUAGCCCUCGUCAUCAUGUGUGGCCCCAACAGCAGCAACAUCAACAACCGGUGACUGUGGAUUAGCUGGUAAAGUGUGGACAAAAACAAAGUUUUUGUUCGUCGUCCUCCCUCCUGGUGAGCCAGCUGGUGCCGUUCGAGUCGUUGGACAGUUUCGCAAAACUUUUCGACGUCGUCGCCACGCACAGCAGCAGCAGCAUCAGCAACGGCAUCUGUUUGAUUAGGGGCUAAUUAUGUCGAGCGUCGAGAGGAUUUUGCAGCUCCAGGAAACAUCGGGGCAAAAUGUGGGUGUGUGUUUGUGAGAGUGAGUGUGAAUGUCCUUAUAUCUACAAUACACAUACAUAAACAACAACUGCUAAACUAAGCGAUUAAGCAAGCACUCUAAAUAUAGCCAGUCACACAUCACGUCACGUCUAUCUAUCAGCGAUAUUUCAGCAUCUAAGAACCGAAAAAACCGACAGCGGAACCGAUUAGAGGCAUUGAGAUUUGAUCGGAACUUGCAUACAUGUUUGUACUGAAAUUUAGUUUUUUUUAGUAGAAUAAAAAUUGUUACAGAAAGUCAAACUACAAAACUGUUCCAUCUCGAAUUUAAAAUUACAAAUUUCAGCAUUUUGAUUGAUUUUUUUUUAAACAUAUUGUUAAAAAUGUGAGAGGAAUUAAAUUCCAAUCUAAAAUCAAAAUUUAAAUUUUUAUUGAAGACUUUGGAUGAAAAUCGAAUUUGAAAUCAUAAAUUUUCAGUUCAGUUCAGAGUGAUUUUUAUGUUUAAAAAAAAAUUCACCCACUGAGAGUAACAAAAUAGCACUACCAUGAUGUUUGUCUCUUAGAAGAUGUAGGUUGUGAUUGACAGUCGUCUGAAUUUUCUUCUACGAAUUGUUCUAGAUCAGUGGUUUUCAAAGUGGUUCUUAUCGCCCCCCUGGGGGGCGUUGAAAGCCUCCAGGGGGGCUGUGAGUGCAACUUUGAAAUUUGGGGGGUGAUGAGGUCAUUUUUAAAUUCACAUUUUCACAAAUUACAAAAAAUCGUGGAACUGAUGACAACAUGCCCAAUAGAGUUCCCCAAAUGACACAACUUUUGAAAAAGUUAUGCGCUGCAGGCUUAAAUAUUCCUAGGCCUAGUACAAGGUCUCAUGCCAAAUUUGGGCCAGAUCGGAUCACGGGAAGGGGUCGCUCAACGAGCCUUAUGUUUGUAUGGGAUUUUAAGACAUUUUGUUUGGAAGGAGCAUGAAAAUCCAGUUUUUCAUGAAUAACUUUGGUCCCCUUCGUCAGAUUUCUUUUGAAACUAUGAAAAACAUUUCAUCCGAAGACUGCAUUUCGAUUCUAGUUAGGAUUAAAAAGUUAUAAGCUUAAAAAAAUAGCUAUCUUUUUUUAGAGUGAUAUUCAUCACUUUAAAUGAGAGACACUGCUUCGAACAUUUUGACGCAGUAUAGACAGUGAUGAAUAUCACCCUGAAAAAAGUUACCCCAUUUUUGAGGUCUUAAACUUUUUUAUCAUAAGUCAAAUUGAAAUGCAGUUUUCGGAUGAAAUAUUUGUCAUAGUUUAGGGUGGUUUAGGCUUUAAGAAAAGCCGUUUUCAAAAGAAAUCGGCCGAUGGGGACCAACGUUAUUCAUGAAAAACUUUUCAUGCUCCUCCCAAACAAAAUGUCUUAAAAUCCCAUACAAAUAAGGCUAUUAAAAUUUUAGCUGAACAAACCCGUAAACUGAACGAGAUAAGUUAAUUCUGUGAUGCUGAAACAUAAAGAUACAUCCAAGAUGGCUCUUGGAUAACUUCCUUCCAAAUGAUUCGAUGUUCUACAAAAUGCAUCGCAGCAAACAUUUGUGACCUAACAGAAUGUUAGUAAAUAAUCACAAUCAUAUCGGUUUUAAUGAUUCUGUGGAUAUUAAACAAAGUAGGAAGUGUGUUGCUCAGAAUGGUAGAACAUGGUGCAGCGAAAACGGCUUGACACCCCGGAAGAUUGCGAUACGGCAUUAAUUAGAAUCAUGUCGAAUUCGUACAGAAGUGCAGUUCUUGAAUCGGCGAAUGAGAGAAUUUUUAAUUUUCGUACGAACCUUGAUAAACCACAUGGCUAGCAGCACUUUUUACAUGAUUUGCCUUCGAUUCGGGAGUGAAGUUAAGCAGAAAUUUUUUUUGUAGAGAAAUGAAUCCAACUUAGAUGAAAUUUCAGGGACUAGAUAAGAGAAAAUCGAUGUUGAAAAACAUGCGAAAAAAAUUCGCCUUGUCUCCCGGUGAGACUUGAACCCACAUCUUGCGCCUCUCCGGGGCCCAUGUAUUAACAUUCUACUAUAGGAGACCAACCUAGCGUAUGAAUAUUAUACUGGUUGAGUGUCGAUGUCUAUCGGAAUGAAGGGAAUAGUUCUCCCAUGUGAUCAUAAUCAUUUUUCUUGGUCUAUUUCUAUUCCCAUCAUUUCAUCUUACGGUAGUUGGAAUCAAGUUUGGACAUUUUUAAACACGGCAAGAUUUGCAUUGCCUUCUCAUAUCCUGCACGGGUUGUCAGUUAUGAUGAGAAAUGAUGCGUUUGCCGGAUUCAUUUCUCUACAAAAAAAAGUUUCGCUGACUGAAUGGUUGAGUCAAGACCCAUCUCUGGGCCGCAAUUUAAAAAAAGUUAAGCAGAAACUUUAUCCACUUUCAGUGAAUAUGAUGAGGCGUUGCUGGAUCCAGAGUUUAUUAACUCUCAACUAGUAAAACAGUGGUUUGGCGAUAAAGAAAUCGCAGUUCAACCGUGGAUAAAUUUAAAGAAAUCUUUCGAUUGCUUUAUUAUUACCAUCCGACUAGUAGGCGGGUGUUUUCCCUACUAGCAUAGCAACCAAUUGAUCACUAAGGAAAUUCAACAAGUGAAAAUUUAGUUCAUUCCAGUUUUGCCUUUUGUCGAAUAAAGUCUACUAUUAUAAACAGCUCUUUCAUUUAUGAAAGUACAACAUUUUGCCGACCAGAAUUGAAGAACGCACGUUUUCAAUCAACGGAACAUGGCACCACCAACCGAAAGCUCAAGAUUGCUUGGAAUCAUCAUGGAGCAAAAUCGUCAGAUGCCGAACAAAACCGACAGAUGGCUGAACAAAACGCUCGUUUGAUGGCUGUGAUGGAACAAUUCAACAAUCAAGAAGCCCCGGUCCGGCCAGCAAGCGGUCCAGAAUUCAUCAUCGAGUCAUUGGCGUCAAACAUCAAGGAGUUUUGCUACGAUCCCGAAAACGGUUUGGUAUUCGAUCGAUGGUUCCAGAAGUACGAGGACAUGUUCCUGAAAGACGGAGAAAAUCUGGAUGACGAAGCAAAAGUUCACCUGCUGUUGAGAAGCCUCAGCAUUAACGUUCACGACAAGUAUGUGAAUUUUAUUCUGUCGAUUCAUCCACUUGAAUUUUCUUUUGCCGACACCGUCACUAAGUUGAAACAGUUGUUUGGUGUUCAAAUAUCACUAUUCAACAAGCGAUUUCAAUGUUUUCAACUUACGAAGCACGGGGAAGAUGAUUACGUUACCUACGCCGGAAUCGUGAAUAAACGCUGCGAAAAUUUUGAGCUGAACAAAAUCACCGCAGAUCAGUUCGAAUCCCUAAUUUUUAUUUGCGGUCUACAGUCUCCGAGGGAAUCUGACAUCCGAACAAGGUUGUUAUCGAAGUUGGAAUCCGAAGGCAAAGGGGAAUGUAAACUGGAAAGCCUGAUCACCGAAUGUCAACGUUUACAUAACCUCAAAUCCGACACGGCUGUGCUGGAGCAGAAGCAACCAACGACAGCUUCAAUCUGCGCAAUCGACCGGAAAAAGCAGUCGUAUCAACCCGCUUCAUCACCGAGGGAACCGUCAAGCGUCCCAAAGAGUCCUUGUUGGCAGUGUGGAGACAUGCACUUUGUACGUGAUUGCUCAUUUUCAAAUCACACGUGCAAAGUCUGCAACGAAACGAGCCACAAGGAGGGCUACUGCAAUUGCUUUUCGGCGAAGCCGAAACAGAAGAACAGAAACAGAAGGAAAAAUUCAAACCAAAAGUCAACGGAGUUUUUGCUAUCAACCGUGGAAGCAGCGCAGCGUCAAGAAAGUUCCUGAAUGUCACCAUCGACGGAAUUAUGUUACGUAUGCAGCUUGAUACAGCGUCUGACAUCACCAUCCUCUCCAAGCGUUCGUGGCAGGAACUUGGCUCACCACCCCUCCUUCAAACCGGUAUCCAAGCAAAAACCGCAUCAGGAAAACCCUUCAACAUCAUUGGUCAGCUGCAUUGUAACAUCACUCUGGACAAGAACACAAAAUCUGGGUUGUGUUACGUGACAAAUCAAAACUUCAAUCUUUUCGGUCUGGACUGGAUCGAAAUGUUUGAUUUGUGGUCACUUCCUCUCUCCAAGUUUUUUCCAUCCAGUUCAAACCAGAAAAGUUACUUCGGUCCAACGAUGCAACUCAACAUUUUCGGAAGUUUCCAAACCACGGCACGGACGACAGAAACUGACUCGUUCUCAUGGACAUGUUGGGAUUGCCUUCACCGAACCAGCAGGACAUAACACCAUCACAGCAUUCGGAAGUUGUUUCACCAAAUCGGAAACCGGUACCAACACAUCAAGAACCGCGUUUCACUGCUCCUAUCAACGAACCAGAAUCCCAGCUCGACUCAACCAUUCAAGCAGAUGAUCAAGCUGAAUUCCCUGGGGACGUUGAAGAAUGGAGUCCUUUACAGCCAACCACAGAACCUAUUCUCUCAUGUUCCAGACCACCACGACUUCAACGGAUCAGAAUGCCAUCAAGGUUGGAGCCAUACCUAGUAUUCUGAGAAUAAAGAAGGAAGAAAUAUUACCAUCCGACUAGUAGGCGAGUGUUUUCCCUACUAGCAUAGCAACCAAUUGAUCACUAAGGAAAAUCAACAAGUGAAAAUUUAGUUCAUUCCAGUUUUGCCUUUUGUCAAAUAAAGUCUACUUUUAUAAACAGCUCUUUCAUUUAUGAAAGUACAACACUUAUCCUGUUGUUCGGUAUGUAUUUUGGAGGAAAAAAGUCCAGCACUAUCUUUUGUGAAAUCUUAUUUGAUUUUCAGCAAAAUUAGUUAAUAAUGUUUGGCGCAAUUUUGUGGAAAAUCCAGAAAAAUCCCAUAGGAAGAUCUCGACAUAUUUGGAAAUCAACUAUUUGAUCCUUAAUAGCGUCAAAACGUGAGCAAGAAAUAUGAAUUGCAAUUUUUUCUAAAUUCUGAAAUGCUAUAUAUUUGACGACGCAACGGCCAAAAAAAUUCUGGGGAUAUCCUUCAUUGAUCAUUGUGAGGCGUUGUUGGAACCUGAGUUAAUUUUCCAGCAUGAUUUGCAACGCCAAAUUUAAACUCUCAACUAGUAAAAAAGUGGUAUGCUGAUAAAGAAUUUGGAGUUCAACAGAAUGAAAUGAAAACUUUCGAAUACCUUAUCCUGUAGUCCGGCAGGCUUUUGGUAGAUCCAAAGCCCAGCUAAAAUUCGAAAAUGCUAGGAAAAUCUUCUAUACUCGAAAAACACAUUCUUCUGUAAAAUCUAAUCGGAUUUUCAGCAAAAUUAGUUUACAUGCGCAAAACUUGAUGACAAUCUGUAACCACUUGGUUUUUAAGAUAGCAUGCAACCAAAAAAAAACAUAGAUAUCAAAUUUGGCGCAAGGUUGAAUCCAGAAAAGUCCUAUAGGAAGAGGAUCUUCACAUAUUUGGAAGAGGAUCAUUCACAUAGUGAAGAGGAUCUUCAAAAACUAUUUGAUCUUUAUCACAAAUCAUGAAGCAGGAAAAUAGGCGUAGUUGAUCGACUCUGUGGAGGCAAGGAAGGCAAAGGUACCUUCAAGCCCCAUCUGAACCAUUCGAUCAAGGGAGUGGCCAAGAAGUUCAAUUUUUUCUCAGGUUCGUCCAGAAAAUAUAAACAUAGGCUGGAUUUCAUAUCUAAAAGGAAUAAAGCCUUAUCAAUAAAAAGAGCAUCAAUAGAGUCAAAGCGUAAGCAAGAAAAUUAGAUCGCAAGUUUCUCCAAAUUCUGGAAUGCUUUAUAAUUGACGACAAAACGGCUCUUGGCAGUUCCCCGCCCAGCAUUUUUUGAAAAAAUUGUAGAAGAAAUAAGGACCAAACAUUUUUACCAACCGAAACCAGGGUGGUGUGCUAUUUUUAAUUCACUCAGUUUAAUCUUAUUAAUUUUUAAAAUAUUCUUCCUAUCACAAAACAGAAGAAGCAAUAAUCAAACCGAAUUCUCGAGGAAAGAAGGAAAAACGUUCAAUGUAUACUUUAAGAAAAAAAACUGCUCCGCCGACAUUUAUCAAAACAAAAAAAAAACUCUGUCACAUCGAAUGUCUAAACAUGUAAAACUUCUUAAGCAAAUUUAUAAACUCUAGAAAAACAUAACCAGUACACAAUGCAAAAGGUUUUAGCCAUUUGCAAAAGAAAAUGAUCGACAAGUAAAGUUUAUUGUCAACGCAAUUCAAUACGAGUCCAAAUCUAUACUCAUUGUAGGUAGUUUAAAUUUUGCAUCAAUUUUUGAUCCCGGUACAAGAAAACAAAAAAAGAAAAUCUUCGUAUGAUGGUCUCAACCAAAAACUUGGUUUCGAUACGAGAGAAAAGCAAAAAUUAAAAUCGAUUACUGUUAAAUUGUUUGAAAAGCAAAACUCAACACUUCUUCACGGGUGAACUUCGAAAACAAAACCAACUAAAUUUGGAGAAAGUUCAAUUUGACAAACUACCGAUCACAUUUUAAAUCUUCAUAUCACAUCGUCCUGUUGUUUUUACUACCUUGUAUUUUUGAGGAAAAUCGACCGCACACUAUUGUAACUGUAAAAAAUUGAAAAAAAACCUGCAAACUUUUCUGUCCGUCAUUCAGUGCAAAAACUUAUUUUUAACUGUGCUUCGCAAAAUGGAACAUAAAAAAUCUAAAAUCCAAAACUAACGAAAAUACCAUCCUAAUGACAAAAAAAAACAAAAUAAAAUAAAAUAAAGAUCAGCUCAAAGGUUUGUGAAUGUUUAUAUAGAAAGUAGAAUAUGAUUCUACGCAGUGAUUCUUUAGAGUGAAAUUUGGAACAAGAGAGAGAGAUGAAUUCUUUAUAACUAGAAAUGGAAGAAAAGAACCGGAAGAAAAUAAAUCGUUGGAACUAUGAGGUUGUGUAAGUGAAAAUUCGAUCAACACUAUUUCGGUAGCACUUAAUGAAACGUAAAACUCGAGUGAAAUUAUUAGUAUGAUAAGAAGUCGUAAGAACAGACGAAAAAAAAACAUCUAAUACAACAAAAAAGAGAAAGAGGAAAUAAAUACAAUAUGUUGAUUUUGUGAACCACUAUUAUUAAGACACGAUUUGUACUAGUGUAAGUCUACCGUAAAAAAAAGUACUAACUAUAUAUUAUAUAUACCAUAUACUAAGCUUGCCAGAUUGCCCGGUUUUAUCCGGGUUUGCCCGGAUAUUUGAUGCAAAAUUUCGAGAAAGUCCGGCCCGGCCCGGUUGCCCGGAUAUCGUGAAAAAAGUCCGGAUAUUGCCCGGAUUUUUUCACAAUUUUUACAAAAAAAAACCAAAAAAAAUCUAAGUUUUUGAGUAAGUUUCAGCUAAAUCGAUUAAUGGUAUGGAUAUUUUCAACGGUUGUUUCAAAUUAUUUCGUUGAUUUACUUUUAUAAACCUUUAAAUAUUUAAGUGUUCCAAAAAGUUUUUGGAAGUCUGCAAUAACAUCAAUAAAAUAUGGAUUUAAUUUUUUUUUGCAUUUUUUCUUUGUUUUUAUGUAUAACAACACCUAAACUUUGCCCGGUUUUUGCCCGGUUUUUGGAUUUGAAAAAUUGAAAUCCAUGCCCGGAUUUUGCCAGUUUUUUUUGAAAAAAUGCCCGGAAUUGCUAGGCCCGGAUGGGAGUGGAAAAAAUUCUGGCAACCUUACCAUAUACGUGUAUUGCGCAUCAAAUUCAAAAAUAUAUUGGGGAAUUGCGAAUCCAAAGCUGUUCGCUAGAGAUGUGAAUAGUUCGUAUUCUGCUACGCCCAGGUAUCGUGAGUGAAAUUAGCAAAUCAAAAUAAUGAAAAUAAAAAAAUACAGCUUUUAUAAAUAUAUCAACGACUUGUUAUCAGUGGACAACCUACCUUAAACAAAAAUCAAAACACAGACACAAAAAACACAAUAACGACAACAAGAACAGCUAAACAACUAAUAAAAUAACCAGAAAAAAAUUCAUGCUAGCAAUAACCAAACGAGAAAAGGUUACAACAACAACAAAAUUGAAACAAGCACAUUCGCCCAAAUUUGUCACUCGUAGAGGUUGAUGUUCGAGAUUUGUACACAGUUCAAAUCAAAAACAAACUUUCAAAAAAAAAAAUACUUAAAAUAAAAAAAAUGGUAGGAACCAAAGAAUAUACUGUGUUUAGUAUAUAGAAAAUGAAGCAAAAAAAAACCCAAAAAAAACACUAUUUAAGAAACCAACUCCCAAUAUAUAUGUUACCAAGUAUUGUCGAAUUUUAUGCGCAUGCAGAUGAUGUUGUGAAAACAAUUACCAUUCAGAUUGUUUAUUUUACGAUCUCCAAAUAGAUAAAGGAAAUAUGAAUUUUUAUAACCACAUAUACUUGAAAAAAAAGAAAACGAGAAAAAAAAAUUAUACAGUUCAGAAAUACUAAGAACACACUCACAUAACAUACACA